CCAUGGCUUCUACAGCUCUCCGUAGUUCCGGCCGGCCAUCAAUUUUCCAGAUACUCAACAAUAUUCAAGGUGAUUUCUGCAACGACGAAGUUUUAGCCCGCCUGGUCCAUUUUUGGAAAGCCAGGAAUUUCAAAAAAGGCAACAUCCUCAUGGGUGUUGAACUGCUUUUACUCGACUCUAAGCUUAAAAAUUUCUUGAUCAAUCCCUGCAAAACGCUUUAUAAAGUCUCGGACCAUAAUAAAGCCAUCUGUUUCACAGACCAGACAACAAUGGUGGAGGUAACUGAGGGGGAUCACGAAAUAGAAACCCAGAAAUUCAGAUUACGUACCUUCAAUGAUUUUUCUGCCAUCGCUGACAUGGAAAUCAAUCUCUUUGGUAAG